UAAAUCGAACACCUACUUGUAAUCCUCUGAGAGGCAGAAGUUAGUCCAUAAGAGAGAGAGUGUGCGAAAGAGACAGGAAGAGAGGCCUGCGAGUGGCCUUGACGGUGACCCAUGAGUGGGUCUUCGACAUGGCGAGAUACCACCGCAGCAAGGGCCGCUGUCUCCUCCCCUUUUUCUGCAGCCUCUCAUUUUCCCUCAACCUAUUGGUCAGUGGUCUCUGAAACUCCCACCGACGGACCCAAUCGGAGCUGCGAGGAGGAGGGAGGAAAUCCAGAUCUCAUCCCUCGUCGAACUUAAGAUUGGAGGAGGAGGAGGAGGCGAGGAGGUGAGAUCGGAGAGGGAUGGCGAGGGAAAAGAUACAGAUAAAGAAGAUCAGCAACGCGACGGCGAGGCAGGUCACGUUCUCGAAGCGUCGAAGGGGGUUGUUCAAGAAGGCGGAGGAGCUAUCGAUCCUGUGCGAUGCGGAGGUAGCGCUCAUCGUCUUCUCCUCCACAGGCAAGCUAUUUGAGUUCUCCAGCUCCAGCAUGAAGGAAAUACUCGAAAAGCAUACCACACACUCGAAGAAUUUGGAGAAAGAAGAAGCACCAUUGAUAGACUUAAACUUAGAUGAUAGCAACUAUACAAGCCUGAGCAAUCAAAUUGCAGAUGCAAGCCUUCAAUUAAGGCAGAUGAGAGGAGAAGAGCUUCAAGGGUUGACGAUCCACGAGCUGCUGUGGCUGGAGAAAACCCUCGAAGAGGGAUUAAGAAAGGUCCUGGAAACAAAGGGUCAACAUAUCAUGGAGCAGAUCAACGAUCUUCAAGAAAAGGGGAAGAAGCUGAUGGAAGACAAUGAGAAACUGAGGAAGCAAGUAGUAAUGAUGGCCAGGGAGGAGAAACAGCUCGUGACUGAAUCAGAAAACAUCACAUAUGAAGAUGGGCAGUCGUCUGAAUCAGUUUCUAAUGCUCUGCAGUUAAGAAUGCCUCAGGAUACUGAUGAUAACUCUCACACUACACUGCAACUAGGGUUGCCAGUGUCAAAGUGGCUGUGACCGUGAGAGUUCUCUGGACAUAGAGCUGCAGGAUUAUAGUUGUCGUGGAUAUGUGCACUCCUAUAUGAUGAAUGAGUAUAUAACAUAACGUUUCCUGCUAACUACGCUGUGGUAAACGACUCCUAAAAGUAUAUGAGCAGUCUCUUGUGUGAUUGAUGACAUCACUGAGCAUUCAAUAAUCUUAGUUGGCUA